CGAGUGUCUUUGGCCUCUGCAUCUACAGGGACGGACGAAACGCCGGCGGCAUUUUCAUUCAUUGUCACGACAUCGAUCCUUCCCUGGAUUGAUUGCCGCCCCUACAACAUCAUGCAGCGUCGUGAAUCUUUGUCGACAGGAAGCACGCUCGUAUGGGUCCCUCAUGAAAAGCAAGUGUGGAAGAAGGCGCAAGUGAUUCAGAGGGUGUCCGAGUUUGAGGUCGAAGUUAGCUUAGUUACGGACGACGCCAGCGAUGCGCACGACCCUGAGGACGGCAUCGUCAAGAGAUAUGACGUGCGCGAGAUUGCGAAGCUGGCAGGUGAAGUGUCAGCCACAGCCAUGCCCAUCUGCAAUACAUUUGGCAAAUUCGGCGUCCCUGACAUGUGCACACUCAACCACCUCCACGAACCGGCCGUCCUGAAGAACCUGCAGCUGCGGCAUGCGCUGUACGUCCCAUACACAUACACAGGGCAGAUUUGCAUUGCCGUGAACCCGUACAAGUGGCUCGACUUGUAUCGAAAGGAUUUGUACGGAAAAUACCUCGAACUACCACGAGGCGACCUACCGCCGCAUCCGUUUGCCCUGUCGUCAAGCGCAUAUAUCGACAUGCAGGAAAACGGCAUCGAGCAAAGCAUCUUGGUGAGCGGCGAGUCCGGGGCCGGCAAGACUGAAACGGUCAAGAUCAUGAUGAACCACUUGGCGUCCAUCUCUGGCGGCGGAGACCACGGGUCGUUGGUGAUCGACCAAGUGCUCAAGUCGAACCCGCUCCUGGAAGCGUUCGGGAACGCCAAGACAAAGCGCAACGACAACAGUUCCCGCUUUGGCAAGUUUGCGCAGCUCCAGUUCAACGCGGAAGGGCUCUUGGUCGGCGCUCGAUGCGAGACGUACCUGCUCGAGAAGAGUCGCGUGGUGGGCCAAGCCGAGGGCGAGCGCAACUACCACAUUUUCUACCAAGUGUUUUCGCUAGCGCACGAAAUCAAGAAGACGCUGCUCCUGGACGGAUCUGUUGGCGACUACACGUACGUCAGAGUCGGGGAAGGGUCCCGAGUUGACGACAUCGAUGACUCGGAGUAUCUGCAAGAAACCAAAGACGCCAUGGACACGAUCGGGAUCGACUACCGCGAACAGCAGGGCAUUUUCGAGGUCGUGAGUGCGAUUUUGAACCUCGGGGAACUUGCUUUUAAGGCAGAGUCCAGCGACACGAGCUCCGUGUUGUCUGUUGAUCGCUUGCAAGCGAUUGGAAAGCUGCUUCAAACGGACGACGGGGCGUUGCAGCGCAUUCUAACGAACCGGACGAUGGCCGCGCGCGGCGAGACGUUUACGAUUCCGCUGAAUGCGGCGCAGGCAGAAGACCUACGAGAUGCUUUUGCCAAAGGGAUUUACUCCCAGUUGUUUGACUGGCUGGUCGCGCGCGUCAACAACGCCAUUUGCAGCACGCAUCGGAACGUAAAGCACCACAUUGGGCUGCUCGAUAUUUUCGGGUUCGAGUCGUUUGACCACAACGGGUUUGAGCAACUCUGCAUCAACUACGCGAACGAGAAGCUCCAGCAAAAGUUCAACAGCGACAUCUUCAAGACGGUCCAGACCGAGUACAUUGCGGAGGGGAUUCCGUUGGAGCUAGUGUCGUUUGAGGACAACCAGCCGAUCCUGGACUUGAUCGAAGGGCGCAUGGGCCUCGUGGAUCUUCUCAACGAAACGGGCGUGCUGGCAAAAGCGACGGACGCGGCAUUCGUCGGGAAAAUCCACGAAGCGUUCUCGACCCACAAGUACUUUGAAAAACUCCGCACGAACCCGAUGCAGUUUAAGAUUCACCACUACGCGGGCGACGUCAUUUACAACGGCGAGAACUUUCUCGACAAAAACAAGGACACGUUGCCGCCAGACAUGCUCGAGCUCCUGGCGUCGAGCAAGUCGCCGUUCAUCCGUGACGUGUUUCCAGAACUGACCCACGAUAAACCCAACAAACCGGGGCGACGGCAGGGAUUUCUUGUCGGAGCGACAAUUGCCAACUCCUUCCGCAAGCAACUCGGCGAACUGAUGGAGCAAGUCGCCAAGACCACGACGCAGUACGUCCGGUGCAUCAAACCAAACGCAAACAAGAGCGCGAGGGAAUUCGACCGCCAAAUGGUUGUCGACCAACUGCGGUGCGCGGGGGUGAUUGCCGCGAUCCGCAUCAGUCGCGCGGCAUUUCCGAAUCGGCUCACGCUGCACGAGUUCGGCAAGCGAUUUGACGUCAUUUGCCCGCCGAAGCUGCGCCAUGCCGCGCCGGAAGCGAUGGUCCUUGGGCUGUUGGAAAAGCUCGGCAUAACAGACUCGUCGUCCCAGAACGCCAAAUUUGCCAUCGGCAAGUCCAAAGUGUACUUUAGCUCAGGUUUACUGCAGUACUUGGAGGAACAACGAACGGCCGUCCUUCGCAAACAAGCCAUCCUGAUCCAAUCGCACAUGCGCGGCCGCGCCAAGCGCAAGCAGUUCCUGGCCAUCAUCCAGGCCACGCGAACAAUUCAGAAGUUCGUACGAGGGUGGAUCGCGCGGCGCCGGUGGCACGUCCUGUGUCAGGGUAUCCCCCAACUCCAGUCUGUCGUUCGCGGGUUUGUUCAGCGUCGCAAGUUCCGCGUGCUUUUGCACAAAGCUCGUGAGUGCAAUCGGCUUCGCAUGUUGGCCGAGGCGAACGCCCAGUUAGCAUUGAGUGUGCAAAACCAUGUCAAGCGCGAGAGCGAGGAGGCGCCGAUACCGCCUCGGGCACCCCCGACGCCAACGGCGCUGGGAAGUCCAUAUUUCAACGGGGAGAUUCCCGACAGCCCCAAGAAGCGGUACCCCAUGCAGCCCACUUCGUCCGCGGUGGUGUCGGCUAAAGUCCGAGACGACAUGGCGAAGAGCGUCGAAGAAGCGCACGCGAUGGCUGAACAAGCCCGGCAGGCGGCCAAGGAAGCAAUGCAGCUCAACGCGGCGCUCCAAGUUGAAAACGAACAACUCAAGGCGAAACUGACCAAGAACGCGCGCGAGUAUGCCGACGAGGAUUUGCGUCAAGAGAACGAGCGGCUGCGCGCGCAACUAGCAAUGUUGCAGAGCAAAAUCAUUCGUGCGGAUGAAGUCGCACUCCUGUCUGCAAAGGUCGUGGACAGCCGACUCACAUAUCGCGACGGGAAGCAGUUUGUCGAGUACAAGCUCCAGAUUGAAACCAACAACCGCGGCACGUUGUUCGUGUGGCAUCGAUACAGCACGUUUCGAAACCUGGCAACAACGCUCCAGACCAAGAACGGGUAUGCGCGGAAGGACAUCCCGGAGCUGCCCAACAAGACGCUCUUCAACAACUUUACAGACAAAACGGUCCAAGAACGAGUGGAGAAGCUCAACGCGUUCCUCGACGCGGCGACGAAAGCCGAUUAUUUGCAGUGGGGCAUUCGCAUCGAUGCAGAAACGUGCGUGUACAAGCGACGAGUCAAAGGCAGCACCAGUGGCACGUCGUCGUAUAGGGAUUCAAUGAUGUCUCGAGACACGAUGGUCACGGCAAUUCCCACUGGAGGCUUUUCCCCAACAAACUCGGAGCACUCUCGAGCAUCCAUCUCGUCCGGGCCAUCGUCGUCAAAGGAAGAAGGGUCGUCCUUGCUCCGCAGAUCAUUCUUUGGACGGUCGAAGCGUUGACAGAUAGGGCUGGCACACAAUAAGUUGAAUUCGAUUUUAAGUUCUACAUCGCCGUUGGAGAUGCCGUCGAGAAGAGUUGCUUCGAUCGCACAGAACGCGGCGGUCG